CGUCAGCUCAACGCUUCCGUUUCCGAGGAGACGGACGCGUUUCUUCCUGUUUGGGUGAAGACUGAAGCAAGCACAGGAUGUGUGAAACCUCACAUGUGCUUGUUGUAAUGGAUGCACUGCUGUGAUAUUCCUGUAGUUGUGGGUCCAUGCCGAUCGGAGUCAGCAUCUUCCACUUCUGUUCAGUUUUGAUAAAUAUGGCCCAGCUUUUAGCACAAGAAGAAAAAGAGAAAACGACUGCAUUAAAAGAUUUAUUGUCCAGGAUAGAUUUAGACGAGCUGAUGAAAAAAGACGAACCUCCACUGACGUUUCCCGAAACUCUUGAUGGGUUUGAAUAUGCUUUUAAUGAACAUGGUCAGUUAAGACACAUAAAAACAGGAGAGCCGUUUGUCUUCAACUACAAGGAGGACCUGCAUAGAUGGAAUCAAAAAAGAUAUGAAGCAUUGGGAGAGAUCAUUACAAAGUAUGUUUAUGAACGCUUGGAGAAAGACUGCAACCUGAAGAGAGAGAUCCUUCCUGUUGAUGCAGCUGAAGAUGAACCAAAAAGCUUUAUUUAUGUGAGCGAGGAUGCCCUCACUAAUCCAGAGAAGCUCAUGGUUCUGAUCCAGGGGAGUGGAGUGGUGAGGGCAGGCCAAUGGGCUCGACGCCUCAUCAUUAAUGAAGAUCUCGACAGUGGGACGCAGAUCCCCUUCAUUAACCGCGCCAAAGAGGAGGGCUACGGGGUGAUUGUGCUGAACCCCAACGAGAACUCUCUGGAGGUGGAGAAGACUCCGGAUCUGGCCAACAGUCCGUCCCCGGAUGCCUCUGAUGAGCCAGCUGAAAAGAGAGAGAGGAAGGAAGAGAGGGACAACAAGAAAAAGAAGGACUUUUAUGAGAAGUAUCGCAAUCCUCAGAAGGAGCGGGAGACUGAGCACAUCCCGAUACGAGACAACAGCACUCCAGAGGAGCACACUCUCUAUGUGUGGGACCACUUCAUCUCCAAAUCGCUUGCCAAAAAUGUCUUCAUUUUGGCACACAGUUACGGUGGCUUGGCGUUUGUGAAUUUGAUGAUUCAGCGGGAGCCUGAAGUGAAGAAUUGUGUUCGUGCAGUGGCCAUGACUGACUCUGUCCAUAACGUCUGGCACCAGGAGGCCAAUAAGUCCAUUCAAGAUUGGCUCAGAGAGUUGAGUCAGCGCCGGCCGUGCACCCUCAUGGCCCGGCCACACCCUCCUCCUCGUCACGGUAAUCUUCUGUGGUCCAUGGAAAAAGAAAAAAGUCAUACAGGUUUGGAGCGACAAUAGGGUAAGUAAAUAAUGACAGAAUUGUACAUUUUUUGGAAAAUACUAUAAGUAUUUAGUAACAUUAAGUAAUUAAUUAAUUGGAAAUUAACACUAUGGAAAUUAAGACCCACCUCCAAUGAAGAGAAAGAGAUUAAAAAAUAAAGAGCAUUUUGCUGGAUCAGAUGACAUUUUGCACAUCAUGAGAAUAGAAGGCUGACUGACAAUAUUUGCCAAACAUAUGGGGGGGGGAAUGACAUUCAGAAGUUCUCAGGUGCAUUCAGUGUCUAUUUGCUGCAUGGCACAUGACAACAUGUUGAUCAAGAUACAGUGGUUGAUGUGUAAUACGUCACAGCGUGAUCAAUGCUCAUUGAGCAGAAUAGAGCAUGUGAAAGGGCAGGUAAAAGAUAAGAGGUCAGGCACAGGGAUAUUUAAUAACUGCAUGCAGGUAGGAGAGAGCUCUCUCAGCAGGAUCCAACACCUGUCUUCCAUUUACCUUCUCAAACUGGGCCAUUAGGAGACCGCUUAGAGUCCCACCAUGCUCCCGCACCCCAUCUUCCAGCCCAGAGGAGCCGGGAAUACUACCACCAUAUGGCCUUGAUUAAUGCUGAUGAGUCUCGCCGUAGACGAUUAUCGCUCAUUUGUGUCCGUUUGUCAUUUUUCAUUUUGUGCGCCUUCAGCUAUGAUGGGAGUUGGACAUGUUGCAGAAAUGGUUUGUGGCUGACCGUUCCAUGCACAUUUAUUGCAAGUUCACAUCACCUGCAAAAGCUACCUGAGGAAUCUACCUAAGACUCUUUUUAAACAGUAUUGAAGAAGUUUCCAUGUACGCUGGCUGCUUUUACUCCACUAUCUGAUCCAACUUAUCCAUUUUUCUUAUUUUUUUCUUUCUUAUGAUUGUUAAAGAAGUUCAUACAUAAGCACAUUUUGUAUGUUUAAAAUACUAAUUUCAAGCCUUUAAGCAUAUGCCUUUAGAUCAAACAGUUUUUAAGAUCAUGAGAAACAUGUCAAGUGUUUCCAAACCUCUGACUGGUAGUGUAUGUCGUUUUUGUAGUUGCCUUAGUUAAAUGCAGCACCAGAAGAAAAGAAGGCUAUUACCUAGGGCUGCUCGAUUAUGGCAAAAAUCAUAAUCAUGGUUAUUUUGGUCAAUAUUGAGAUCAUGAUUAUUUAACACGAUUACUCAUUGACUUAAGAAACAUCAUGCAUUUAUUGAGCUUUUAAAAAAAAAACUUGUCUUUUUAAUAGUGGAUUUCCUUGAACUUAAAAUGUAAACUGUACUGGGUAGGGGAGGAGACUAUUGUCAUAUGGUAAUUAUUUAUGUUACAUAUGGUAGUCAAAUAAAGGAAAGCAUCCAUCACCAUCAUUGACAGCAUGGGUGCUCACUUCUGUAGAAUAUGAUCUGCUGUUUCAUCAUGUUAUUGCAAGAUCUACUAUGUACAAUAAAGGCUAUACAUGAUAACGAUACCAAAAGUUCUGUAGUCGGUAGUGAGAUUUGACGAUUCCCAAUACCAGCUUCAAAACCACAACAAAUGAUAACACUAGCUAAUA